CUCGCUCUCUCUCCUCCCCACUUAAAAAGUGAGAACAACCGGCGGAGCAGCUCACUCGCAGCGAGGCAACCAUUUGACAUCUCACCAGCAACAUCCUCCUCCUCCUCAUCUCUUAUUUGGUGAGAACUCAAGAGCUCCAAGGACCUCACGAAACCAUGUCCAGAAUAUUAUUAUUAUUGGUCCUUACCGCUCUCUUCUGCUACCUAGCGGACAGUGCGGAGCUCCUCCGCUCCAAGAGAGGAACUCGUUUUUACCGAGGUGAGCCUGAACGGAAGACACCCAGGCGGGCACUUUUCAUUGUUCAUAUCCAGAAGCCUUCACCUUCCUUUGACACCUCCCCACGUUGUGUGGAUAGUACGACAUCAGCCGUGCAUAAAUUUGGGGACACUUGGCUGCGAUGGAGGGGACAGCGUGUGGAGUAUUGCCGUUGUGCGUUAAGAGGACGAGAAUUUUGUCACGUUGUGCCCGUCAUCAACUGCUACGCGUCUCAUUGCUACAACGGGGGGACAUGCAAGGAGGCCGUGUAUUCUUCGGACUAUAUUUGCCAGUGCCCCGCAGGUUUCAGUGGAUCCCAGUGUGAGAUCAACACCAAAGAGAAGUGCGUAAUGGGGAGCGGGGACGCCUAUCGCGGAACGUGGAGUAUCAGCAAGUCGGGAGCAGAGUGCAUCAACUGGAACGCCACCGCGCUCAGGGGAAAGAAGUUCACCGCCAGGAAAGUGGACGCCAGCAUCCUGGGAUUGGGCAACCACAACUUCUGCAGGAACCCCGACCAUGACGGCGCUCCUUGGUGCUACACCUACAAAGGCACUCAAAUCAUCUGGGAGUUUUGUUCCUUGCCCAAGUGUUCAGAAGACAAGUACGACGAAUGCAUGCGAGGGAUCGGUCUGACGUACAGGGGCACCGAGUCGGUCACUAAAAGCGGCGCCCGCUGUCUCCCAUGGGACUCUCCGGCUGUCGCGCGCAAGUUCAACAACGCUUGGCAGUCCGACGCCCUCGAAGUGGGCCUGGGCAGCCACAGCUACUGCAGGAAUCCUGAUGGUGAUGAAGGCCCGUGGUGUCAUGUAUACAAAAACACGCGGCUGACUUGGGAGCUCUGCGAUGUGCCUAAAUGCACGGAUCGUCUAUCCACCAUCACACCACUGGGCCCUCGAGCUCCCGUAACUAACAACCAAGGGAUAUGCGGCCAGCGUUCGGAUAACACCCUGAGCCAGCCUACCUUCCGCAUGUUCGGAGGUCGCCAGAGCGAUAUUUCCGAACAACCCUGGCAGGCCGUCAUUAACGUUUACCAGGCUCGUCUGCGGAAACAUUUCCACCGCUGCGGGGGGAUUCUCAUCGACUCCUGUUGGAUCCUGACUGCUGCGCACUGCUUCGAGCCCACGGAUAAACCCUCAAAGUUGGAGGUCAUUCUGGGCAGGACGUUCCGCAAAGAGAAUUCCAGCAGUGAGCAGAUUUUCAAAGUGGAAAAGUACUGGAUCCAUGAGAAAUUCGACAAAGAGUCGUUUGACAAUGACAUAGCUCUGCUGAAGCUCAAGUCAGACAUUGGCGUGUGCGCUGUCAACUCUCCGGAGGUUCUCCCCGCGUGUCUUCCUGAACCUGGCCUGGUAUUACCUGACUGGACCGAGUGCGAGAUCUCAGGCUACGGGAAAGACUCCGAGUUUUCCGCCCAUUACUCUGAGCGUGUCAAGAGAGGUUUUGUUCGCCUGUGGCCCAGAGAGCGUUGUGUCCCUGCUGUGCUGUCUGGACGUACGGUUACCGCUAACAUGCUGUGUGCGGGCGACACAAGAGGUCUGGAUGAUGCCUGCAAGGGAGACUCUGGCGGUCCUCUCGUCUGCCGCUCCAACGACAAAAUGACCCUGAUGGGCGUCAUCAGCUGGGGUGACGGGUGCGGCCAGAGGGACAAGCCUGGCGUCUACACCCGCGUCACCCGUUACAUCGACUGGAUUCACGGCAAAAUGACGGCCAACCCCAUCUGAGCACCGACUAUGCGUGUUGUAUCCAAAUCUAAAUGGUGGACGUUUGAGACCAGAGGGUUGAAGGGACCAAAGAGGAACUUCUGUCACGGGCUCUUAACACUCACAGUUGCUCCAUGUUCUUCACUUCCUGCGCUUGAGGGUCCAGCGCGUCUCUCCUUGAGGUCAUCAAAGUUUGUUUACAUGCACGGAUGUUUUCAAUUGUUUUUGUCAAGUCAACUCUGUGGAGCUGUAUGGAGUUACAGUGGUAAAGCUCUGUGCACUUGCAAUGGCAAAAGACUCGACACGGACUUGUGCGGGACAUACAGUCCAAAAAUAAUCUGCUGGUUCAGAUUCUGAUCAAUUUU